UCCGUACCGAAUUGUCCAAGAGAACAGUUGCUUCCCCUAACCAGAUCCAAACAUCCAUCGAAUCGAAUCCUUUACCCACAAUGCCGUCCAACAACUCCCAUGAGCGGCGUUCUCCCACAUCCCGCGCCGAAAUCAUCCUCUCCAACAAAGCAAACGUAGGACUCCUGCCAACCGCAUGCCCCGUCGCCGAAACCGCCAUUAGCGGUGCUUUAUCCGCAUCAGCCGGCAUCGACAUGACAGGCGGCCUGGUCAACUACAUCGCCACUCGAGCCGCCAACGCGCAGCUCGACAAGAUCCGGCGGCCCAUGACCGACGCCCUGAAAGCGAUGAAGCUAGACAGCGACACGCUCGCCAUUCUCUCCGCGCGGAUCGACAAGCUCGAGGCGUGGAAUUGGUUGAUGCAAUGCUGGAAGCUAGAUGCUCAUAACGAGGAUCCGGAAAGCGUGGUGCAGAACGGGAUGCCCGUGCGGGAGGUCAAGGAAGUCAGCGUCAAAGUGUACGAUCAGUUGAAGGAGGAACUUCCAGCGCUUAGAAAGAAGGUGCAGGGCUUCAUCGACAGAGGCGGGAAAGCUAGGGAACGAGAUGCCGAGACGUCGCAGUUGUGUGGCGAGUUUAACUCCCUGUCUGAUAGAUAUAAGUUCCUCGAGGAAAACGUAGAUGCAGUCAUGGCCCUCCGCAGAAAUGAGGAGACCGAAGUGUUUGCGGAUGUAAUGGAGGAUUUGGCGCACACUUGCUCGAAGGUUGGGCCUUGCGAUUGUAUCGCUAUCCAGAUGAAUAAGGAUCCGAAUGGGCCCCGCACAAGAAGGGUCGAGAUCGCACCAGGUAUUUGGGCGUGGGAGGGGUAUUAAGCUGCUCAUUCAUAUGGUGAGCGUGUAAGGGACUCCUAUUCUUUAUACGAAAUCAAACACAU